AUGUACCACUUUUUGCAGUUUGUGUGUCGUAUCUGUAUACUACUAGUGGAUGGAAAGAGUAUACCGGGUUAUGUGAUACUCCAUAAUCGUGAUGCCCGCGGUGGAGGAGCUGCAUGCAGUGGAGCAAGGUUUGAAGCCAUCACUGGAUUUCCCGGGGUCGUUGGAGCUAUCGACGGGAUGCUAAUUAAGAUUCCACGACCCUGGGAUUUUGAAGGCUGGUACUGGUGA